AUGUCGGCAAUACGCCGUUACCUGACUGCGGAGAAGACAGCACGCAUAAUGGAGUGGGUUGAUACUGUUAACUCCCAGCCAUGCAUCGGAAUGACAGUCCGCGAACCUAGCAAAGCGGCUAAGCGGACCGAUAUCACAUCAUCUGCAGCAAUUCCUCCAAAGGCGGGGAUGGGGCGGCCUCCAAAAUACAAGCAACUCACCCUAAAGAGCACGAAGCUAAGGCGGGUCAGCGUUGUGCCUCGGGGAUCCCGACAACAAGACGAGCAGAAGGAAGAAAAGGCUGCAGACGGAGAGAAAGAACAUGUGAAUGAGGAGAAUGGGAUUGCUCAACUGGAGACAAAAUAUGGGGAAGAGACGAAAGAUAAGGAGGUGAAAGAGGAAAAAAGCGAACAAGCAAUGCCCAGGAAUCCGAUACCAAGCGUUGUCGAGUCCAAUUUGCGCAUGUUCUGCGUGGAGAUCGUGAUUCCAUCCAGCGGGAAGCACAGUUCUAGAGAUAAAGAAGCUAUCAACCAAGCAGAGAGUGAGAAACGAAAGCGAGGAGCGACGAAGGGGAGAGGCAGACGGACAAAACAUCCUAAACUGGCUGUAGAGAAGGGUUGA